CAUUGGCAUUAUUGCGCGGGUUUUUAGUCUGGAACUGAAUACAAUUGUUUUCUUUACUUAUUUAUAAACUAAUUUUAUGCAAAGUAAAGCGCUGGCAGCUCAUUGAACCGCAGGUCGUGAUGUCGAAGAAGCCUGUUGCUCAAAGAAAACAGCUUACACUUAGCAGCUUUAUUGGCCUGGAUGGCAAUUCCCAGAGUCAACCUAAGACCAGAGCCGCAAGUGUCAGAAGCAAGCCACCCGCAGUCUACAAUCCCAUCUUCCUGGACGCGUCGUCAUCCGAUGAUGAAUCUACGGAGGCAUCCAGUCAAUCCAGCAAGGACACUAUUGCUACGAAGAAGUCCAGCAGAGAUCCUAGAACCGCAAGGCUCAAAAAGCACUCAUACUUUGAUCUGUCGGAAUCCCCACUAGCUGAACUUCCUGCCAAGAAAUCUGACAGAGAUUCGCCCAUAAAACCAACACAGAGUGAGAGUGGUUAUGCGUAUCGGGGAUUGUCUGAAUCUCCUCUUGAAAGUAAAUCCCUUGGCCAUUUACUAAGUAAACCACCUCAAAAUGAAAGGAAAACAUCAAUUGUUUGGCUCUCGGAUUCUCCGGAAAAGAAACUGCCGCAAAAUGAGAGGAAGACCACAGACCCUCCAGUCCAAAGGUACUCCUUUGAUGACUUUCCAAGCAAGCAGAAUGGAGAUAGACAUCCUUUACUCACGCUGCCUGAUUCGCCGCCCCCUCUGCAGCCUGCCAAGAAAUCGGAGAAGACCAUGUUGCAAAAUGAAACAAAAUCGUUUCAGGAUAAGGACUCUCCUAUAAAGCCCCAAGUUACUAAGAAAAAGGAUCCCGUUCCGACGCUGCUUGACUCACCGCGAGCUCCAAAUACAUACAAAAAAACCGGCAGUACUCGUAAUCUUUUCGAGGAUUCUCCAGAGAAAAGUGGCAGCGGCCAGCAGGGUUAUAAACUGGGUUCAGCUAAGGAAAAUGCAAUCCCAACAAAGCCCGCGUCUGCUUCUCUGGAGAGGAAUAGCCUCACCUUCUCUCCACCACCGGCGGCACCAGUGAAGCCCAGAUAUAGUGUGGCUUUUGACAAUUCUCUGGCUGAUUACUUAAAGGACUUGGCCCAAAGCGACAACUUCAGCAUCGACCCCAAUAAUCAGAGCGCUGCGACACUGAAGAGCACGCUGGGCUUUUUUCGCAACACUUAUGUGGAGCUAAUGGAAAAAUAUUGCUCUCUGAUUGACCAGAUUCCCGCCAUGCACUUCAAUGAAAUAGCGGGCUUUCAGCCGAAUACGUUUCUUAAGCUCAAGGUAAUGCGACAAAAAUUUAAGGCACGGACACAGCUUGUCCAAAACACUUUAGAUAAGAAAGAAAGUCAGCUAAAAGCGGAGCAGGACGCCCUUGAGAAAGAGGAAAUGGAAAUGCAGAUGGAGCAGGGUCGGCAGACGGUUUUAGAAUCAUCAAACAUAAGUGUAUCAUCUUCCACAGGGAAAGGUAGCCCCAUAAAGCCUCUACCCAAAGUCCAAGAAAAAAAGGAUGAAAAAAUACCCAAGCGGAAACAGCUUCUACAUGACCUUUGCGGAGAGCCAGACAAUUUCUCACCACCAAUCUCGCCACAUAAUAUGCAACCUGUUCCAAAACGCCAGCAGCUCAUCCACGACCUUUGCGGGGAGCCAGAUGACUUCUCGCCACCCAGCUCGCAACACAAUAUGCAACCUAUUCCGAAACGCCAGCAGCUCAUCCACGACCUUUGCGGGGAGCCAGAUGACUUCUCGCCACCCAGCUCGCAACACAAUAUGAAACCUAUUCCGAAACGCCAGCAGCUCAUCCACGAUCUUUGCGGGGAGCCAGAUGACUUCUCGCCACCCAGCAAGCAGAAAGAUCCGCACCUGAUGCGAAAGUGCGAGGAACUGGUUCAUGAUCUUUGCGAGGAGCCGGACGACUACUUAGCACAGAGCAUGAUGCUAGACGGCGACCUGCAGGACGAACAAAUGAACGGACCCACGCAGGCGACCACAAGCAGCCGGAUGGAUGAUGACGAUGAUGACUUGGAGGGAUUGCUGGCGGAAAUCGAGAACGAGCAUCAGGAGAUGCAGGGCCGCAGAUCAGAGUUCAACGGAUACAGUUAUAAGGAGUUGGAGGCUGUUAAAGUAAAGGAGAAGCGUAAGGAGACGCCAAUAAAUGUUUCGUUGGAUGAUGAUGGAUUUCCCGAGUAUGAUGAGGCCAUGUUUGAACAAAUGCAUUCGCAGGCUGCUGCCAAUAAGAGCAGUGUAAGUGCCGGCCCAAGCACAAGUAAGAGCGUUGUACCAGCCAAGCUGACCAGCGCUCCAGAUUCCCAAAAGCUGUCAGGGAAUUUCCAUGCGAACGUGCACAAUGACGGCAUCACCGGGGAGUUCGAUGGCCAGAAGUUUGAGCACUCCACCCGCCUCAUGCACGGCCUGAGCUACAGCUUUGGCUUGAAAAGUUUCCGUCCCAAUCAGCUGCAGGUGAUCAACGCCACCCUUCUGGGCAAUGAUUGCUUCGUCCUGAUGCCAACUGGAGGAGGAAAGUCGUUGUGCUAUCAGUUGCCUGCCAUUCUGACCGAGGGAGUGACCAUUGUUAUCAGUCCGCUGAAGUCGCUGAUCUUUGAUCAAAUCAAUAAACUGGCUUCUUUAGAUAUCUGUGCAAAGAGUCUGAGCGGAGAACAAAAAAUGGCCGAUGUCAUGGCCAUCUACAGGGAUUUGGAGUGUCAGCCACCUAUGGUCAAAAUGCUUUACGUGACGCCUGAGAAAAUAAGCAGUUCGGCUCGCUUCCAGGACACUCUAGACACCCUCAAUUCCAACAACUAUAUAAGUAGAUUCGUUAUAGACGAGGCGCAUUGCGUUUCCCAGUGGGGUCAUGACUUUAGACCGGACUACAAGAAACUUGGAGUACUUAAAAAGCGGUUUCCAAAUGUUCCAACUAUUGCGUUAACAGCCACUGCCACACCCCGCGUCCGUUUGGAUAUUCUGGCCCAACUAAAUCUGAAGAACUGCAAGUGGUUCCUCUCCAGUUUUAAUCGUAGCAAUCUGCGGUACAGGGUACUGCCCAAAAAGGGCGCCUCGACACUGGACGACAUUAGUAGGUAUAUCCGCAGCAAACCGUCACACUUCAGUGGCAUAAUCUACUGCCUGUCGCGUAAGGAAUGCGAUGAGACGUCAAAGAAAAUGUGUAAGGAUGGCGUCCGGUCGGUUGCCUAUCAUGCUGGUCUCACGGACUCUGAGCGAGAGGGUCGGCAAAAGGACUGGCUGACCGGAAAGAUCAGAGUGAUCUGUGCCACCAUCGCUUUCGGCAUGGGCAUCGACAAACCAGAUGUCCGAUUCGUAUUGCACUACUCACUGCCCAAGUCCAUCGAGGGUUAUUACCAGGAGGCAGGUCGCGCCGGCCGAGACGGGGAUGUGGCGGAGUGCAUCCUGUACUACAACUAUGCGGACAUGCUUAGGCUCAAGAAAAUGAUGGACUCUGACAAAGCUCUUCAGUACAAUGUGAAGAAAAUACAUGUGGACAAUUUAUAUCGCAUUGUUGGGUACUGCGAAAACCUCACAGAUUGCCGACGUGCCCAGCAGUUGGACUAUUUCGGGGAGCACUUUACCAGCGAACAGUGUCUGGAGAACAAAGAGACAGCUUGCGAUAACUGCAUUAACAAAAAAGCCUAUAAGGCGGUAGAUGCAUUGGAACAUGCUCGUAAAGCUGCGCGAGCAGUUAAGGAUCUGUGCAGUGGUAGAUCCCGAUUCACACUAUUGCAUAUAGCCGAUGUUCUGAAAGGUUCGAAGAUCAAGAAAAUCAUUGACUAUAAUCAUCACAAAACGCCCCACCAUGGCGCCCUAAAAGAAUGGGACAAGAACGAUGUACACAGGCUGCUGCGCAAAAUGGUCAUCGAUGGCUUCCUUAGGGAGGACUUAAUAUUUACAAACGAUUUUCCACAAGCCUAUUUGUAUCUGGGCAACAACAUCAGUAAACUAAUGGAGGGCACGCCUAUCUUUGAAUUUGCAGUCACUAAAAAUGCCAAGGAAGCCAAGACGGCAGUCGGCAGUGUUUCUGAUGGCGCAACGAGCAGUACAGCUGAUGGACAGUCUGGAAUGCGGGAGAUUCACGAGCGCUGCUAUACGGAUCUAUUGGAUCUAUGCCGAACCAUUGCCAGCCAGCGAAACGUUACCAUGGCUAGUAUCAUGAACAUUCAGGCCCUGAAGAGCAUGGCCGAAACACUGCCCCUCACCGAGAAGGACAUGUGCAGUAUUCCGCACGUGACCAAGGCGAACUUUGAUAAAUACGGAGCGAAGCUGCUUGAAAUUACCAGCAACUAUGCCUCGGAGAAGCUUCUGAUGCAAGCCGUCCUGGACGAAGAGGAGGAACAGGCGGCCGCCAAACAGAGGCCCAGCACCUCCGGAUGGAACAACGAAAGCGUGGACUGGGACAGAGCGGUUGCCUCGCAGGGCAAUGCAAACACGAGCGGUGCCAGCGGUUUUAACUCGUUCAGGGCGGGCAAGAGAAAAAAGGUAUACAAGUCAGGAGCCAGCAAGAGGUACAAAACGAGUACUACAUCGCCAGCGGCCAGAAAAACCACAUCUGCCAGGGGUAGAGGUGGUAGGGCGGGCGCCAAACGAGCGGAGAGUUCUGCUUCCUCAUCAUCGGGCUGGAAAUCCAAGAAAACAGGGAACAGCUUUGGCUUCGAUUUAAUGCCACUGCCAGGAUCAAAAUAACGUGAAAUCCUUUGACAUUUUGCCUUAGAAACUACAAAUUUUUAUGUUAUAGUGCUUAUAAGCGUAAGAACGUAGCAUAAGCUAAACGAUUUUGGAAGUAAGCUGUUAAAAAGUUAUAAAUUUCUGUAUAAGCAAUGUGUUCAGUUUAUUGUUUGUCCGCUUUUGUUCCUUAUUGUUAUUAUUUAACACCUUAAAUUUCAGUUAAUAGAAUUAAGAACUUAUCACUAACAAUUUUUACAAUAACUUUCAUUUCGCUAAACAGUAAUAGCACUUUAGAUGUAACCCCCGCAAGAAAACAAAAACAAAAGGAUGCAGCUUUGGUCACAACACUAUACAGUGGUGUACUAUAAACCUUUCUUAAGUA